UUUCCAACAAUGAUAUGAUUGUAUUGUUUGUCCUAGUGGUUGCAUCUAAAUGUUAACUGUGGUCUGAAAAUACUGUAUUUUGCUGAUACUUUACAGACUUUUUACAAAGUUGUUAGGAGCUGGGCUUCGAAGAAGUUUAUGACUGGGUGUGUCAUCCUCUUCCCAAUAGCUAUCACAUUCUAUAUAACAUGGUGGUUUAUUCACUUUGUGGAUGGCUUUUUCUCACCAAUUUAUGCUCAGCUUGGAAUUGACAUCUUUGGUCUAGGAUUUGUUACUUCUAUUACAUUUAUUUUCUUGGUUGGAGUAUUCAUGUCAUCAUGGUUGGGGGCAUCUGUUUUGAGCCUUGGGGAGUGGUUCAUCAAGCGUAUGCCAUUUGUUCGUCAUAUUUACAGUGCCUCCAAGCAAAUUAGUUCUGCAAUAUCUCCAGAUCAGAACACUCAGGCUUUCAAGGAAGUGGCCAUUAUAAGGCAUCCACGUAUUGGUGAAUAUGCGUUUGGCUUCAUCACUUCGUCUGUCACCCUCCAGGUUUGCCAUCGCUUUCAUGGCUGAUGCCACCUUUUUCUA